CGACUAUCAAGACGGCAAGCAGGGCAAGGACACAAACGUUCCUCCUGAACUAUUUGUUCACAAAUAGCCGAAACAUGAGACUAAAAACUACUUAAGAAACUACUAAAAACGUGAUGGCGAGGAGGUAGAAUGGUUUUGCAGCUGACUAAAGGAGUAAUAUGGAUACAACUAUGUAUGUGACUUCCAUACACAUCGAGAGGAACUUCACUCUGCAUCCAAAUGACUCUCAGGUCACCUUCUUUGGAUUACAGAAUCAACAACUUUACAUCAUCAGCCUGGCUCUGUCCAGCAUCUACACCAUCACCCUGUUCCCCGUCGGCCUCAUCGGGAACAUCCUCAUCCUAGCAGCCAAUCUGGACCUCAGAAGCCACUUGACAGGCCCCGAUCUCUACUUUGUAAACCUCGCUGUAGCCGACCUCACUCUGGUUGCGGACUCUUUGAUCGAGGUCUUCAACCUGAAGAAGGAAUACUACAACAACGCCGGCCUCUGCACCUUCAUGAACCUUUUCCAGCAGGUCAACAUGUACAGCAGCGUUUUCUUCCUGACCUGGAUGAGCUUCGACCGCUUCGUCGCGCUGACGAAAUCCAUCGGCCACAGCCUGUCACACACGCGUCUCUGCUGCUGCCUCAUCUGGGUGUCCUCGUCUCUGCUCACCCUGCUGCCGUUCGCUGUAGCUCAAGUGCAGCACGCCGGAGAAAUGCACUUCUGCUUCGCCAACGUGACUCAGAUUCAGUGGCUGGAGGUGAUGCUGGGAUUCCUGUUGCCUUUCUGCGUCCUGGGCUUGUGCUACUGGAGAAUAGGCCGCGCGCUCAUACACAGCCAGAGAUUACAACUUCAGCAGAAGCCUCGCCGGCAGCGAGCCCUGAGAAUGAUCUCGGCGGCUGUGCUGGUGUUCUUCAUCUGCUGGCUCCCGGAGAAUGUCUUCAUCAGCGUCCACCUCCUGAGAGGCGACGCGGAGGGCGGGACGCUCUGGCAGGACUACCCGCUGACGGGGCACGCCGUCCGGCUGGCAGCCUUCUCCAACAGCUGCCUGAACCCGCUCAUCUACGGCUUCCUUGGCGAGACUUUUCAGAAAAAGUUGGAGCUUUUCCUUCAUAAAAGAUGCAGGUGGGCAAAGCUGCAGAAGUCCGUUUUAAGAAAACCUAUUUAUGCGCCGGCGGCACAGGCGUGCCUUCAGGAAUGUGACACUCCGAGCAGGUCCUCAAACUCUCCACAGACUGGUGCACAUCCUACUGACGUUGUCAUAAGUGUCACACACAUACAAAAAACUUUAUUGUGAAAUUUAUUUGACAAAAAAAAUGCAAAUAUUUCUGCUGAAGUUAAAUGUUUUUUUUUCUUGUAUAUAUUGUGUUUGAUUAAUCUAAGAUUGCAGAGGAGUUACUUAACACUGUGUCUGCUCCAAACACUGUUUAUGUCACCUUAGGACAGAAAGGUGAUAAAGUGUUGACAAA